ACCCUGGCGCCCCCAACAGGUUCCCAAUGUUCGGCUGGGGCAGGCACGCUGUGGCUGGCUAUUUCCCUUCCUUCCAUCCCCCUUGGGCCGAACGGAUCGCUGCUUCUGGAAACAAUGACCGAUAAAACAGAGAAGGUGGCUGUAGAUCCUGAAACCGUGUUUAAACGUCCCAGGGAAUGUGACAGUCCUUCAUAUCAGAAAAGGCAGAAGAUGGCCCUGUUGGCAAGGAAACAAGGAGCAGGAGACAGCCUUACUGCAGGCUCUGCCAUGUCCAAAGAAAAGAAGCAUAAGACAGGACAUGGUGUUCUACCAAGCCAGUUGGAUUCUCAGAUUGAUGACUUCGCUGAUUUCAGCAAAGAUGGGCUGAUGCAGAAACCUGGUAGCAAUGCACCUGUGGGAGGAAUCAUUACCAGCAAUUUCUCUGGAGAUGACCUAAAAUGCAGAGAAAUAAUCCCUUUUCCCAAAAGCCAAGAAGAAAUUAAUGCUGAUAUAAAAUGUCAAUUAGUGAAGGAAAUCCGAAGCAUUGGACGAAAAUACGAAAAAAUCUUCAAAUUGCUUGAAGGAGUGCAAGGACCUAUAGAAGUCAAGAAACUAUUUUUUGAAUCCAUCAUCAAGGAAGCAGCAAGAUAUAUAAGCCGAGACUUCGUUCAGCUCCUUGAGAAGAAACUGGAGCAUAUGAUUUGGGAGUACUUGUCCAUGGAGGAUUAUGACAACUCAAAUGCAUAAUCUCAUUAAUGAUUGAGGAGAGAAAAGGAUCAGAUUGCUGUUUUCUACAGUGGAGCAGGAUAUUGCUGAAGUCUCCUGGCAUAUGUUACUGAAUCAAAUGGCCUUUCAGAGGCUAAGAAAUGUCUGUUAGUAAAAGUUGUUCUUUUUCCCUAAGCA